AUGAACAAAAGAAAGGUCGAGCUUAUGUCCGACGCUGUGGACACACACGAGAUCUCUGUUCUCCACGAGCUUCAUGGGGAAGGCGAAGCAAUAGGCCCGGAGAGCCAACUUCCCGAGACCCAAGAACCACGCAGAAAGAAGAAGAAGAACAGGAAAAAGAAGAGAUCAUCUGAAGCCACCCAGACAGACGAGAAUAGCCAACUUGGCCUUGCGCAGAUCAUGGACCUCCAGCCGAACCAGAUCAACUCUCUCACCGAUGAGGAGUUUUCGCCGGACCUGUUCCAUCGUCUCACGACCAUCACGCCCCUCAAUGGUCCUCAUGCAAACCCCAACCGGCGGAUCCCUCCCACUCCAAUUCCAUUCAAACACAACGAUUACCUGUGCAACCUGUCGAUCUCGGAAGUAGAUGUCAUUGCGAUGCAACUCUUCCAAGGAACGUACCGGCUCGAGAUCAGCGAACUCCCACACCAGGAAUGUCGGAUGACGAUAAUCUGGGACUACGACCGUCUCUGGGGCUGCUUCGACAUUGGCGUAUGGAAGGGCCUGAUGCUCAUCGAUCCCGGCCCGCGGGAUAACACCAUGGCCUCGUACUCCUUCGCGUGGCGGGGUGUCUGCGAGAACGAGCCCGAGGUCGCGUACGACAAUGAGGGUGUCACAAUCGGAGAAGUCAUCCUGGGUGGGAAGGGUCCUGUGUCCGGCUGUUUCAGGGGCAUGGCCGUCGCGGAUUUCCCCGACGACAAGUGCGACUUCAAGGCCGUGCGGGAGGUCGGACCGCCCAUGGUCCCGUGGCCUGUUGAGACGUUCGUUGCGGACUGGAAUUAUCUUCAGCAUGAUAGAACGAAGGAGCCUGAGUCGCAGCGGCUGGUUCUGCUGGCGCUGUCUCCUGAGCCGGAGUCACAGGUUGUGAAUGAUCAGGCCAUGCAAAUGGACUGUCAUCAGGACCAGGACGAGGUCACUACGGAGGUGCAUCCGUCCUCUCCUGUCCGUCAACCAGCCGAGACACCACACACUUCCCCGCCGCCAGACGAACCCACUCAGCAAUCUCAACCGGCCCAAGCACCAUCACGCCCCUGGGCCCGCCACGACCAGGACAAGUUCCUCGAUGUCGUCUGCGGCAGCUACGAGAUCUCUAGUUCCACCAUGAAACACAACUGGUCGCGCAAAGCCAGCAAACUCAGGAUGCGCCUUCUCGUCGAUCGCAGGGAAAGCUGCGUCUGGGGCAUGUUCGCCAUGGGCGUCUACCGCGGCAUCAUGCUCUUCCAGGAAUCGCCUAUCCGCUUUCAGAAGGACAAGCGGCUGAAGUUCUGUUGGCGGGGUCGGGAGACGGAUGGUCGUGACUGCGCGGAGAAGCUGGGGUAUCUUUUAUUCACGGAGGAUAUGAACAUUCAGGGUUGUUUUUAUGAUAUGUAUGGUGAUGUGCCGUUUGCUGGAAGACGGAGGAUACGUCCGGCUGUUGAAUCGCGGUUUGAUGAGGCGUUCUUCAGGCAACAGUGGUGGGAGCAUGAACCGGUUCCGCCGACUCUGCUUCGACAGAUUCAGGGUCACGGUCAGGCUGAGACUCAGGUUGUGUCUGUAUCCCAACCUGAGACCCAGUAAGGAGAAGCUAUCCUU